AAAGCAUCUCAAAAGGGAUACAAUUUGAUGAAGCAGUAGGAAGUAGGAACCCAUUUUAGAAUCUCUCUCUCUUCUCCGAUUCAGUUUCUUCAUCGUUUGGAAUCAAGUUGUUAAACCAGAUUUAGAAACCAAAACUGAAAAAGACACCUCUCCCUCCAAAACCUGGACAGUUUCUUAAAGAAAACUUCUUCUCACCGAACUCCAUUGAACCUAAUAUACAUUUUGACAUUUUUUUCUUCUCCAUUCCUUUCUUUCUUUAUGAGUUAUCUAUAUCUCCUUCCCCCUCUCACUUCCUCCCUCUCAGCUUUCCAUUUCUUCUUCUUCUUCUUCUCAUGCGGCCGCUUAAGCGAAAAGCCUCUUUUUUCCUCCCAGAGAUGAAGCACCGCAAGAACAAUAAUCUCUCCAUCUUCGUCGUCGUCUUCUCCAUAUUUCUCUUCGCCGGUUUCAUGUACAAUGAAGACGUGAAAUCCAUCGCAGAGUUCCCUUUCUCAAGUCCCAAAUCUCAAGAACUCCAACCAGAUUUAUCAAAUCUAAAUAACCCAGUUCAAGAAACCAUCAAGAAUGAUGAGCAAGUGGAGAUUUCGAAAGAAGAAACAGAACCCAUUACUCUGAAGAUGAUCAUAGCCAAGGAAGAAACUCCAGAGGUCAAAUUGUCCACCAUUAGAGAAGAAGUUGAAGAAGUUGAAGUUCCACCAGAGGACUGUGAUCUCUUUACAGGAGAAUGGGUUUUCGAUAAUGUCUCGUAUCCUCUGUAUAAAGAAGAUGAAUGUGAGUUCCUCACUGCCCAAGUGACUUGCUUGAGGAAUGGCAGAUUUGAUUCUCUUUAUCAAAAUUGGAGAUGGCAGCCCAGAGAUUGCUCUUUGCCCAAGUUCAGUGGGAGAUUAUUACUUGAGAGGCUUCGAGGGAAGCGGCUCAUGUUCGUGGGUGAUUCAUUGAAUCGUAACCAAUGGGAAUCCAUGGUUUGUCUAGCGCAAUCUGUGAUCCCUCCAGGCAAGAAGAGCCUAAAGAAGACUGGCUCGCUCUCUGUUUUCAGAGCUGAGGAAUAUAAUGCUACGGUUGAAUUCUACUGGGCCCCAUUUUUGGUGCAAUCUAACUCGGAUGAUCCAAAUAUGCACAGCAUUUUAGAUCGUAUCAUCAUGCCUGAAUCCAUCAAUAAGCAUGGAGAGAAUUGGAAGGGUGUGGAUUACUUGAUCUUCAAUACCUAUAUAUGGUGGAUGAACACUUUCAAAAUGAAGGUUCUGCGUGGAUCGUUCGAUGAGGGUGAUAUAGAGUAUGAUGAGAUCGAACGACCGGUAGCUUACGCUAGGGUUUUGAAGACUUGGGCUAAUUGGGUGGAGAAAAAUGUGGAUCCCAAACGCACCUCUAUCUUCUUCAGCAGCAUGUCUCCUCUUCACAUUAAGAGCUUGGAUUGGAACAACCCUGAUGGGAUCAAGUGUGCCAAAGAGACUACGCCGAUUGUGAACAUGACCCGGGUGGAGGUGGGCACGGACCGUCGACUCUUUGUUGUGUCGUCUAAUAUAACCCGAUCCAUGAAGGUACCCGUUUACUUCAUUAACAUCACUUCUCUAUCUGAGCUCCGAAAGGAUGCACACACGUCGGUAUAUACUAUCCGGCAAGGCAAGAUGCUCACAGAUGAACAGAAGACGGAUCCGAUUAAUUUCGCGGAUUGCAUCCAUUGGUGCCUCCCGGGUUUGCCUGAUACUUGGAAUGAAUUCAUAUAUACCCAUAUAAUCUCUCGCUCCCCAACCCGCUAGUUCACACGUGUGAACCUUUUAUUUCUUUUAUUUUUUUUCCCUCCUUCAUUAUUUCUCUCCCUUUUUUAACUUUUAAAAAAAAAAAAAAUUUGCCCACUUUUCCUUUCUAUGCUUCUUCAUGUUUUAUUUUUGUUAAUAGGACCCAUUUUUUUGUAUUUUACUUUGAGAUGAAACAUGGCCCCUUCUGCCUUACCAAAUUGUACCUCUUACCUCAAAUGUAUAAUGAAUUUUAGGGAGAAGAAAUAAGAGAAACUGAAAAGAGAAAAAGCAAAGAAUUGCUGUGCUA